GCAAGUGAUAAACCAAAGCAUUGUCUGAAGCAACGAAGCAACUGCUAUACAAUCUUCUACCAUAACAACUUAUCCACUUCGUCCCCCAUAACCAUCACAAUGUCUCUCUUCAGAACUAUCCCGACCCCUGGAGAAUUCGCUCCUCUCUUCCGUCUUCUUGACGACUACGACGUCCACCGCUCCACGCGCGGCCAAACUGUCGUGCAGUCCUUCGCACCUCGCUUCGAUGUUCGUGAAUCCAAUGAGGCCUACCACCUUGACGGUGAACUCCCUGGCAUUCCACAGAGCAACAUUGAAAUCGAGUUCACCGACCCUCAAACCCUGGUGAUCAAGGGCCGGUCGGAGCGCGAGUACCACUCCAACGACGAGAACAAGGCUGAGCAGGCCGAGACCGAGAAGCCAGUUCAGGGUGAAAGCAGCGAGGUUGCAAAGACCGGCGAGAAGCAGAUUUCCACCAAGAAGGCCGCUAACAAGCCGCGCUACUGGGUCAGCGAACGCUCCGUCGGCGAGUUCCAGCGCACCUUCACCUUCCCGACUCGUGUCAAUCAGGACGAUGUCAAGGCCAGCUUGAAGGACGGCAUCUUGUCCGUGAUCGUUCCCAAGGCCGUGGCUCCCUCUGCAAAGAAGAUCACCAUUCAGUAAAACCAUCAAAACAUCAUGAGCGAUACGAAGUCACGAAUUUUCCGAAUGUUUUGACUAAUCAAUUUUCGAUGUUUCAACUUCACGACUACCUAAACUUGGCUUUCAAAGGAUUUGCAUAGCAGUGGUGUUGUGGUGUUUGCUGUUGCACUCGUUCUUUUUGGUGUUUACUAGGUCAUAUUUCCUAAACGUUCCCAGAUUUCUGUACUUUUAAGGAUUACUUUAAUGAUCUAAUUCAGUUUCCAAGUCGAGGUUAAUUCAGAUUUCCUCGUGCAGCUUGAACCUAUCGAGUAAAUGUUAUUAGUGCUGGGUUUGAGACUGUAAAACAUCUUUGCUAUAUCCAAUCUACGUAUCAAGGAGGUACGGAUGUCAUCUUGUAAGACACCUCCGCACGUCUGGGAACUCCCAGCUGCAAGUUAUGACCAGUAAUAACUCACCAAUGAAUGAUC